CUCGACCUUCGAUUGCCGUGUGGCGUAUACUCAUUGUUCCCGUUCAAAGUUCAAGAGUGUAGAACACCAAAGGCAAUUUCUAGAUCGCGCGCGACGAGCAACUGCGUUACUGAAUCCCAUCGUCCAACACACUGAGAGUCGAUCUUAAUGGGAAGGAACCGAUAAUUUCUCUAUCUGUCAACAAGGCGCGGUGGCUGGAACAAUCACCUGUCUUUUGGCGAUCCUGAUGGUCUGGCCCAUUCCCAUGAAUUUCAGCUCAAAUGGAGAUUAAGGCUUGUAAUCAGAACUUGAACAACGCUGGUGACGGUAUAUGCAGUGAUUCAUGGUACAAAAGUGCGAGCUAGUGGUGCCUUAUUUGAAGCCCAUGUCUCAACUCUCCAAACUCCUCGCUCUCAUCAACGACGCUACCAAGGUCAUCGAGGCCCGGACUUCAUCUGACCUCUCCCUCGAUAGUACGGCUACUGGCAAGGACGAUGCACUUUCGACACCCGAAGUACGUGAAGCCAUCCGCAUCAUAGAAGGUGCUUGUGCACAGCUAGUCGCAAGUGUCGCUCGUCCAAGCCACACGAUACUUAAUAAAAUCUUCGCUUACUCUGAACCUGCUUGCAUUCGAGCAGUCGUCACGCUCAAAGUUCCUGAUCUACUUCUUGACGAGCCUCAAGGCCUUCAUGUCUCCGAGAUAGCGCGGCGAGCGAACGUAGAUCAGGGAAAGCUUGCACGGAUCAUGCGCCUCCUUGCAACGAAACACUGUUUCCGUGAAGUCAAACCUGACGUCUUUGUCAAUAACCGCCUAAGCAUUCAAUUAUUGAGCACGAAUGGGCUUUCUGAUCUGGCUCUGCAUAUCACCGAUGAAGUCGCGAAAGCGGCUUCAAUGCUCGCAGAAACUCUAACCGAUCCUGAUAUGGGACCUUCCUAUUCCCCGAAUAAAACUCCUUUUAACAAGUACAGUGGAUAUCCAGGUACUAUGUUUGAAUACUUCGAGGGUAUUAAUACGGACACCGGAGGCGCGCAAGGUGCUCGAUUUGGUCGCGCCAUGAAAGGUUGGGGUCAAGGAAUUGCAGCGUUAUCUGUCGUAAAAGAGUAUCCUUGGGCUAAAUUACCUCCCGGGAGCAUCGUAGAUGAUCUCGGCGGAGGAGUUGGUUCAAUCACAAUGGAACUGUACAAGGCACACCCACACCUCCAGUAUAUUCUCCAAGACCUCCCGAAGGUGAUUUCUCGAGCAGAAAAUGAGACUUGGCCGGCGCAGGUGCCGCAGGCUCUUAAGGACCACAAGAUUGAAUUCGAACCAGUCGACUUCUUGAAAGAGACACCUGUUCCGGGUUGCGAUAUUUACUAUCUCAAGAACAUAAUUCACGACUGGCCGGACAAAGAAUGCAUUCAGAUCCUCUCAAAUGUUCGCGCAGUGAUGAAACCCGGGAGUCGCAUUCUCAUUCAGGAGUACGUUCUUCAACACACUACUUUAGAGGGUAUCAAUGCUGGGGUGAAGGUCGCGCCAGAUCCCCUAUUGCCGAACUAUGGGGAAGGCCGAAUUAACGCUUACAACCUUGACCUCGAUAUGAUGGUCAUGUUAAACAGCCAAGAACGGUACCAGGAAGAUUUUGCAAAACUCGGAGAAGAAGCCGGUCUCAAGAUCGUGAAAGUCUGGGACUUUGGGGAUACUGGUCUUGUUGAGUUUGCUAUCAAGGAUGAAGACAUUGGUAUGAACGGACAUGCCAAGGUAUCGGUGAACGGGAACUGAGUACUGAAGGUUGAAGCGCUGACAGGCUCAUUAUUACGACGAUGGAUGAUUCGAACAUGUUCGCGACUCUUUACAUGACUGAUUCAUCUACCAUUUACCAUUGAGCAUGAAACCGCCGAAGAUGGGCUUUCCGUAUGGUUAUAUCUCUCACAAGCCAUACACCGGUA